CAUAAUCCGUUAAAUUCACAGCUUUGUACAUUGGAGAUUCAAAUGGCUGACACGCAAGAUUCGUCCCAGAGUUCUAGUACCAUUAUGCAAAAAGACAAAGGUUCGAUGAAUAUAUAUGAAACCCUAAUAAUGGAAGACAAAAGUUCGAAUCCUGUAAUGAAUAUAUAUGGCUCUUCGGGGGUUGGUAAAACAAGUCUUGCAAAAAAACUAAGUGAACGUGCUAUGAGGGAGGAUGCGUUUAGUUUCACAUUGUGGGUGUUUAUCUACAUAGAGUAUACGAAAGAGUCUCUUUCUAGAAGCAUUGCACGACAGUUGUUCUUACUUCCUUCAACUGACGAGGAGUGGGAGGAUGAGGAUAGCAAGAAUGAGGAUGAGGGAAAUGGCAAGGUACAGAAGGAUGAGGAUACCAGCAAUGCACGGAAGAAAGAGAACACAGAAGAAAUUGUUGAAAAGAUUAAAGAAAAACUGAAAGGAACAAGAGUACUAUUAAUCCUAGAUGGUGAUAAAGGAAAUGUAGUCAAGUUUUGGUCUAUAUGGGAAGAAAUGUUGCCUAAUGUAAACCUCAAAAAGGUUUUUAUCUCUAGAUUAAAGAGGAGUGGUAAAGAUUUCACUGAGAAAAAUACAUUUGAGGUUAAAGCUUUACCUAAUGCAGAGGCAUCUAACUCUGUAUUAAUAGAAAAACUCGAUCCACGAUUGAAAAAUUUAGAUGCAAUCAAAGAUAAAGGUAGAAAAUUUAUUGAGAAAGUUGAAGUGUAUGUGCCGGGUAGGAUUACAAUGCUAGCAAAAGCUUUAAAUUAUUUCGAUGGAGUCCCAUCAGGAGUUUCUAUAUUGGAAAAGGAGUUAGAAGAAGCAUCUAAAAAGUACAAUGUAAGCAGGCUAUUAUGCUUGAUGCACAAUGCGUUACCGCGUGGUGUUUUGAAAGAAUUAUGGUGGCGUGGUCACCAUUUCUUUCGCGAUUCUGGAAGUGUUCAUUACAGUGAGCUAAUAACUUACUGGAUCUUGGAAGGAUAUCUUGGCUCUGAUACCAUGACAAAGUUAUACAAAAAGGGUCAUGGUAUUUUGAUGAUGCUAAUGGAUUGUGGUGUGCUUAAAGGGCAAGAAGGUGGUUAUGUUUUUAUGGAUAACUCACUUAUAAACAUUGAUGAUUUGUAUCAAUAUCAACAUGUUCACCAAACUGCAAGUCUUGGUUUGGCGACAUUUUUUGUUUCUGAUGUAGACUCUUUUGGGAGAGUUACACAUAAAGAUGGAAUGCUGAAAACACCACGGACUCGAAAGAAACAAUCAUUGAAGGAAAGUGUUCAGAAUCUUCAAGAGUCAUCAAAGGAAAGUGAUCCGGAUCAUCCACAAUCAUCAAAAGAAAGUGGUCCGGAUCAUCCACAGCCCCCAUCGAAUGACAGUGGUCAGAAUCUCACCACUUUAUUGUUGGAUGGGAUUCAUUUUACUGAACAAGAAAUGCUUGAUUUCCUUAAACCCGAGAAAAAACUUCAAGUUCUUGCUUUAUUCAAUACAACCAUCAAAUCUUUGCCCGAAUCCUUGAAGGAAAUGGCGGGGCUUCGAGUACUUGUGCUUAGAGGCUGUGAGUUUUUGCAAGACCUUAAAUUCUCAGUUCAUCUUGACAUGCAUAAUUUAAAUGCUCUUGAAAUCUCGUCUGCUCGAUCUAUGAGAUAUCUUAAAUCGGGUUUCUUUAAAAAUAUGUUAAAUCUCAAAAGUCUUCAUCUCUCUGGACUCCAAAUCACCAAGUUACCUCAAGCCAUUUACAAUCUUGAAAAACUACAAUGGCUGAUAAUCAAGGAUUGUCCGCGCCUGAAAAAGCUAGAGAGUAUUUCAAAACUUGUCAACCUUUUGGUUGUUGAUCUCUCUGGCAAUCUUCUAUUGGAUUCUGUUGAUAAAAACUUUUUGAAAUUUAACAAACUUCAAAUCCUCAAUCUUUCUCAAACACUUGUUUCAACCACACCAUUGCUCAGAAACAUUGGACAUCUUACUCAUUUAUUGUGUCGCGAAUGUAAAGGCUUAGGAAGAUUACGAGGGUUAACUUCAUUAACCAGUCUUCAAACAAUUGAUCUCACCGAUUCUAAAGAAUUCGAUGAAUUUCAUGAUUCUUCGUUACAAAGCCUAAGCUCCCUUCAAACGCUUAAUUUAUCAGGGACUUUCAUUGAUCGGCUCCCUUCUAACAUUUCCAAACCAUGCCUUCUUUAUCUAAAGAAUUGCCUUCAGUUAAAACGACUUUCUUGUCUCCAAUCCCUCGAAAAGCUUGAGGAACUUGAUCUUUCGGGUUCAAAGAAUCUCUUCGAGAUUGAAGAUAAAUUCUUUGACCAUACGAAAAGUUUGCGAAUACUCAACCUUUCAGAAACUAAGAUCGAACGCCUACCAUCCCUUUCCAAUCUUUCAAAUCUUCGUGAAUUGUUUCUAUCAUGCUGCAAGUCUUUAAAACACUUACCAUCACUCGAAUCCUCUAUAAAACUAGAGAUUAUUGAUGUUUCAAAGUGUUGUGCUUUAGAAAAGAUAGAAAACAAAUCUUUCGGUUCCAUGACUCGCCUUCAAAAGCUAGAUUUUUCAGGAACACAGAUUACAUCCUUCCCAGACCUUCCAAAUCCAUGCCAAUAUCUCCAUCAUCUCUUACUCAAAGGCUGCACCAAAUUGGAGGGACUUCAAUUAAAUGCCUCAUUUCCAAAACUAAGAGAACUAGAUCUUUCGGGUAUCACUUCACUUAAAAACGCUGAGUUCGUGACAGACAUAACUACCCUUCAAAUUCUUGACAUUUCUAAUACUUCUCUUGAAAAGUUACCAUCCAUUGCAAAACUCACUAACCUUACUUAUCUUUCACUUUCCGAUUGCCCGUUCAAAGAAACCGAGCUUCAUUUGAAUGGUUCUCAUAGCAAGCUUGAAGUUUUGGAUAUUUCACGAACAUCAAUCAAUCAAUUACCAAAAAACAUGAAUUUCGAAAAGCUUCAAAAGCUCUUGCUUAAAGAUUGCUCAAUGGUGGACAACUUUCGAGAUGUCAAGCUUUAUGACCCGAAAACAUAUGAUAUCUCAGGUUUUGGUCAUCUUAACUACCUUGAGUUUCCAAAUAUCAAAGUCGAGAGCAAAUCCGAACACCCAUGGAAAAUCUGCUUGUUGUCUGACAAUGAUAAGCCCCGAGUAUUUGUUAAUGGAGAUCAUUUUCUUGAACAUUUGGAGAAUGAUAGUUGGCCAGUUGGACCCAACCAUUUAUGUGCAAUUCCGGGGAAGAUGGAAGGUGAAACCGAGGUUCAACGACAUGAACUUGUCUUUGCAGAUGUCUAUCUCGAAACUUCUAGUUUUCUUAACUACAAAGAAAGCAAGUCGUUGCAGAUUCGUGGAUUCGACCAUUUCCAAAAUAGCACCGAGGCAAUCAUCAAGGAAGUAGACUUGUUCUUCCUACUUGAUUAUAAGCUCAAGGAUUCUCCUUUUGAUCAUACCUCAAUAUUCAGUAACUUAAAAGGUUGUUGGAUCGAAAGAUGUCAUGAAAUGGUAAAUAUUUUCCACAAUAAGGAAGCGAAGAACGACAAUCUUGAUUCUGGCAUUCCCUUGGAGAAUCUAGGAAUUGUUAAUAAUCGUCAUUUAGUAAACAUUUUUGAAGGCAAACAACCAUUUGGGAGGUUCAAUGUUCUUAAAAGCUUGUAUUUGGAUACUUGUCCAAAUAUUACAACUGUAUUUCCCUCAUCAUGGUUGCCAAACAAUCUUGAAACUCUUCAAAUAAAAAACUGUGACAAACUUGUGUCAAUAUUUGAUCCUGAGGUUACACUUCCAAAAUUAGAAACAUUGAUUCUUUGGGAACUACCAGAAUGCGAGAACGUUGGUAUCUUACCUUUACCAGUAUCUUUACAAACACUUAAAGUCUGUGAAUGCCCGAAACUGGUGAUAGAAACUGAUUUCCAUAUUCCUAGAGGUCUCAAGACGUUGUGGAUCUCGGGGGCGGCUACAUUAGAGAACUUGCAUACCGUAAACGAUGAAUCAGUUGAUCUCGAAACUCUAAAGCUAGAACAUUGCCUGAAGCUUGAAUAUAUUGUCUCUAAAAGUUCGAUACUAGCAAAAUGUAAGAUGAUGGAGAUCAAGUCAUGUAAGAAGCUAGGAGUUCUAUCUCAAGAUCUCGACUAUUCAAUGCCUAACUUUGGGAAAAUACUUCUUGUUGACCUACCAAUGUUGAAAAGCUUAAGGAUUAAUUCGUCAAUACAAGUUGAACAUUAUGAAUGCCCAAAUUUGGAGAUACAGAGGAUCGACUAGAUCGAACUGACUCGAUGUACAUCAUGACUUAAUUAAAUAGGUUCAUUUCUCGUAGCAUAAAGGAAGACGUUAAGAAAUGGUGAAAAAGUACUUAAAAGGAAGAUAAAUGAUGGUUAGUUGAAGAUUCAGGUUGAUAUUCAAGACUUAAGAUGAAGAAACUUGUGUCGACAUGAAGCCUAUGACCAUGGGUUAGUAUUUUGGGCAUAACUUCUUCAUCUGUACUCCGUUUCUGAUGAGUAAGCUGUCCACGAAAAGUCGAGAGAAAGAUCUAUAACUUUCAUGUUGAUGUCCAUAGCCAGCGUCGCUCACAAGCAGCCAGCGCCGCUGGGACUUCACCCAACGCCGCUCCUAAAGUCGGUCAGAUCUAGAACUUUACGAAAACCUAUAAAUACCACCCUAAACCCUAAAAUUCGAUAAUCACUUCCUCCAAACGACUUGAGGGCCGUUUGUAGGGUAUUUUCACCAGAUCUAAACCUUCGUAACACCUCCAUAUCAUCCGGAAGAUCAAACGACUUGAGGGCCGUUUCUAGGGUAUUUUCACCAGAUCUAAACCUUCGUAACACCUCCAUAUCAUCUGGAAGAUCAAGCAUCGAUUCUCUACAACAUAAUCAUCAAUAAAUUCUCUCUUUCAUUGUCGGUAUAUUAUGAAUUCAUAUAUUAUUGAUUGUCAUUGUUCUUUUAAUAUGUGUAACUAGUUAUUUAAUCAUCUACUAAGAUGAGUUGAUAUGAUUAUGUGAUGGUUGCAUUUAUUAUUGUUAUUACAUUUAACGUUGUGUCGUGAUCUUAGU